CUUCUCCCCCACUCUCGCUCCCCGCUUCUACAGUGGGUAGGCAGACCCUCCUCUCCUCUCCUCCCUCCUCCCCCUCCGCUCCUCAUCUCGUCUCCACUUGAGCAGAAGAAGAACGCAGCAGGCAGAAAAAGGAAAAAAAUAGAUUAUCCUUUUCGUUUUAUCUCUUUGACGGAUCAAGAACAGGGGAGGGAGAUUGGAGGGGGAGGAGGAGGAGCAAUCGGGAGGGAGAAGUAUAAAUUCGCAGGAAGAGACGAGGGAUUCGGCGUGGAUAGAUAGAUAAAUAAAUCAGUUCGCAUCGGUUUAUUGAUUGCUCAUUAACCCAGCAUUCCUUUCCUGCCGCUGCCAUUCUCGGGAGGUGGUAGGCGGAGUCGUCAGCAUGGUUCCAUCCGGGUACGACUGCGCCGCCUCCGUGCUGCUCUGCGCCGAGGACAACGCCGCCAUCCUCGGCCUCGACGACGACGAGGACGACUGCUCCUGGGCGGCGGCGGCGGGGUCCGCCACCCCGCCGCGCGUCGCCGCCGAUGCCGCCGCCGCGGCGGAGGGGUUCCUGGUGGACCACCCCGUGCAGUCCGACGAGUGCGUGGCGGCGCUCGUCGCGACUGAGAAGGAGCACAUGCCGGCCGACGGGUACCCCCAGAUGCUGCUGCGCCGGGCCGGGGCCCUGGAUUUGGCCGCCGUCAGGAGGGACGCCAUAGAUUGGAUUUGGAAGGUCAUUGAGCAUUUCAAUUUCGCGCCGUUGACUGCGGUCCUGUCUGUCAACUACCUUGAUAGGUUCCUCUCCGUCUAUCCCCUUCCUGAGUUGGUGUUCAGACCUUCAGAGAUUGCUGCAAGUGUUGCACUUGCUGCAUUUGGGGAGCGCAAUACUUCAGUAGUCGAGCGGGCUACAACUACCUGCAAGUACAUAAACAAGGAGCGAGUGUUAAGAUGCUACGAACUGAUUCAAGACAAGAUAGCAAUGGGAACCAUUGUCCUAAAGUCAGCUGGAUCAUCAAUGUUCUCUGUGCCGCAAAGCCCGAUAGGUGUGUUGGAUGCUGCUGCAUGUCUCAGCCAACAGAGUGAUGAUACUGCUGUUGGAUCUCCAGCAACAUGCUACCAAGCCUCUUCGGCAAGCAAAAGGAGGAGAAUUGGCAGAUGACUGGUCUCAUGUCGUGCUGUGCUUCAGGUGUGUUGCUCACCGUUUUGGCCGUUUUGUUGUUUCAAACAUCUCAAUUCAGUUUGGUCACUCGAGAACUAUAGCGUGGUCAAGUAGUUGCUGGAAGGAACAAAAACACCAUAGUCAAUACUUGACCCAUAAAAACAAACAGUUCACCGCGAGCCUGUUCAUGCAAUCGACAUAUGUAAGGGGCAUGCUAAGCUGUUAGUGUCCAGAGAUGCAUGCUAGUGUAGGCAGAGAUGGAGCAAGGAAUUUGCAUGUUGUAGAGAUGAGAGCUCUAUUGCCCUGUUUUGUAUUUUGGUUCCAUAUUCAGUUUCCAAUGAACUUUGGGCAAGGGCUGCUCUGAUCAUUGAGGCGGUGAAUGAAAAUGAUCCAAAAAGGGAUCGGCUGAGAUACAGAACAGUUUAUAUUUGUUCUGAUGAGUUAUAAAUUUUGUCGACAUUA